UGCAUUCCAGCAGGUAGAAGGGGCGGGUCUGGCGGGUGAACAGGUGUAUAAAUAUAACAGGUGUGGAGCAGGGGAGAGGAAGAGAGACACAGCAGGACCCAGAGUUAACGUCCCAGUCAAGACAAAAGUGGCACUGAGAACAGAGCACUCGGCAACAUGAUCAAGGGGCUUUUGUCUGUGUUCCUGGUCCUGGCGGCCGUCUCCUCCUCCUUGGGGAAACCUGAGAAGCCGGCAGCCAAGAAGGAGAAGAGGGUCCCUCAAACCCUCUCCAGAGGAUGGGGUGAUCAGCUGAUCUGGGCCCAGACUUAUGAGGAGGCUUUGUUCAAAGCCAAGUCAAACAACAAGCCCCUAAUGGUCAUCCAUCACCUGGAGGACUGCCCACACAGCUUGGCUCUGAAGAAGGCGUUUGCCAACAGCAAAGAGAUCCAGAAGAUGGCUGACGAAGACUUCAUCCUUCUCAACCUUGUGUACGAAACCACAGAUAAGCACCUGUCUCCUGAUGGCCAGUACGUUCCCAGGAUCCUGUUUGUGGAUCCCUCUCUGACUGUCAGAGCUGACAUCACUGGCCGAUAUGCAAACCGCAUGUACGCCUACGAGCCCUCUGACAUCAACCUCUUGAUCAGCAACAUGCAGAAGGCCAAGAAGCUGCUGAAGACGGAGCUGUGAGGGUCAUGAACUUUGACCUUCGGCAUCUGUCUGUGGGGUGUGGCGGGGGUAGCGUCACACUGCCAUAAAAGUUUACUGAUGUAAAAGCCAAGCACUGUAAAGUCUUCAGUUUCAAAGGAUAUGAUCGUCUUUCAUAUCCCCUGUAGCUUCUCUCAUUGUUAUUUUUAUUGCCUGAUUGUUUGUGUGAGGCCUCUCAGAUGUCUGUCUUUUUAAUAAACACAGCAACUGCAACAAAA